CCGAAAGUUGCGUUGCAACUUAUGCGGCCACCUGUUUCAGGGGGGGUCAUCGAAGGCCGCGCACCAUUUCACGCAGGCGAAGUUCUGCAAGGCUGGGGGGAUGAGAGUUCUCGCGGAACUCUGGAACGACACGGACUACACAUUUGUGUCGUCCACUGCUCAGCGGGUGCAGAGGUGGAUGGCAGACGAAGGCAUACGGGACACGAGAGCGCCCGCGGGUGGCCAGCGACAGCGGAUGGACGACGCAGAGAGGGACGACAUUCAGGAUGCCCUCGAUGAGGAGGAGGGCCGCGAGGGUGGGGCCAGGGAGGGGAGGGUGGCAGACGAGGCAGACGAGGGAGUCGGAGAGCCUGACUUGCCAGGGGAGGAGGUGGUGAUGACGUCGAGAGGCGUCGGUCGAGCGGGUCCCGCUCCUAGGGCGCCGCGACCUAAGUUGGAUCGUGCGAAGAGGGAGAAGAGGGUAGUGGGGGAGGCUGGCGUCGAGGUGCGUGACACGGGCAGGGAGAAGAGGGCUCGGCAGACCACGAUUGACGAGAUGUACGCCAAGGAGAAGUUGGCGGAGUUCACGGACGCGUGGCUGCAGUGGAUCUACGUGAAGGGGUUGUCAUUCAACGCCUUUCGUGGUCCGGAGUUCCAGAAGGUGCGGCAGACGGCGGAGAGAGUGCCACGCAGUAUCCAGUUCCGGUUUCCUUCCUUCAGGGUCACAGCGGGCGCCGGUAUCCCUUCGCAGAGGGCGAAGGUGGCGACGAUGGUGAGCGAGGUGCGCGCCGCUUUCCGGCACAGGGGUGCCACCAUGCUCUUCGACGGGAGGAAGUCGCGCAGCGGCAAGCGACUCGUGACUUCCUCGCCGGGGGCGCCAAUGGCGCCCUGCUAUACACGACCGUCGCACACGACGGGUCGGUCCGAGACACCGCGGACAUCGUGUACCCACGAGCGCAUCAACACGGCGAGGCGCUGCAAGCUUGGGUUUGCCAAGCUUGCACAGCUGGUUGAGAUUGCCACCAAUCUCAAACUGGCCUCGUGCGCACGACAGGGUGGUGGCUACGUGUUGCCAUGGGUUAUGGGGACCGGUCGGGGGGAGACGGCGGCAGAGGACGAGGAUGAGGAUGGAGAUGUGGAGCCCGAGGUGUGGGGAGCGCGACCUGCCAGCAGUGUUCCAGAGGUGGAGAUCGAGCUGCAGAUUCCCGAGGCACUUAGGCGUUCGAAGAGGUUGGCGUCGGCAGCAGGCAGAGACCGGACACAUGACGGCGAGGAUCGUGGGGGGGAGAGGACUCCUUCCGACGCCGGUAUCCGCCCCCGCUCGCCGUCGGUGCUCCGCACAGACGACUUUGACGUCGUAGGGCUUGGUGGGAGCUUGGGAGAUUUCAGUGUCGAGGAAUGUCGACGUGCCUCACCGUCGGAUGUGCGCACCGACACGGACGUUGUGCGGGGCCCUGUUGAGACUGAGGAGGAGAGGGAUGCCCGUUUGGACCGAGAGGAGGAGGAGCGGCUGGGGAGUUUGCCACGAUGGGAGGGUCGGUUCGCGUAUCUUGACGAGCAGCGUCGGCAGAGGGAGAUGGAGACAGGAGGGGGGGGAGGCCGUGACGUCGACGCCUCGGGUGUCCCUGAGGAGGCAGUUCAGGAGGAGUUCGAUGAUGAGGGACAGGAUGCCGCAGCGGGUGGCGAGUCAGGUGGUGGACGACGCGACGAUGAGGAGACCGCGGGUGAUGAGGGGCAGGAUGUUGUCAUGGGCGGUGGGUUCCCUAGUGGGGGGCGUGGCGACAGUGAGACCGCGGGUGAUGAGGGACAAGCUGCCGCCAUGUGUGGCAGAGGAGAGGGUGGACCCGUUGGAGAUGGGGAUACCACGGGUGUCGGUGGAGACGAUGGACCGGACGGAGAUGAUGACGACGACCACGGUCCCGAGGACGAUGCGUAUAGGCUCGCCUUGGUGUUGAGGGACCCCACAGUACCUCCCUUGCGCCCUGACGACACACAACACACUUUCUUCAACAUCGACUCUUUGGCGCAAGCGUUGACGGAUGACCGUUUCGCACACGUGAGCCGCAAGAGCGGCAAGAUGCGGGCCCCUGGGAGGGUAUAUUCACCGCCGCCGUUCGUGGUGGAGAGCCCUCACUGGUCGGGUUCGUUGUUCAGCGGCGUGAGAGGGAGGGAGUCCGGAGCGGGUGAGGUGGGGUCCGGCAGACGCAGCGACGGCGGCAGAGAUAGUGCAGGAUCGAUGCCUCCACCGCCCGCACGGACUCCGGAGGGUAUGGUCGACACCGGGGACUGGACGGCGACACCCGGAGUUGCGCACAGUGGCGGAUCCCCGCCGACAGUCCGAUGUGGUGUGGGUGGCGGAUGGUCAGCUGUUCGUCGGGUCGGGGACCGGUUGCGGGCGGAUUACGACACCGAGAGGGGCGUCUUCACGGGACGUACGCCAGUUCAGACGCAGACUGCGGAGGGUGGGUCCGGACAUCCGAGCCUGCAGAUGGCAGGCCGCUUGCUCGGUUUGUCACUAGCGGAGACGAGGAGAUCAUUGGUCAUCGAGGCCGCAGGGACAUCCACGGACAUGCUGCGGGGAGAGCAGUUCACAUCGGGCGAGGAGGGGUUGUUGAUGCGUCCCGGGAUGAGACGACAGCAUGGCCUCUCGGAGGUUGAGGCUCGACUCGCGGCAGGGGUCGCCGCUGGCCAGGCAGCAUUGGACGCGAUUCAGAGGGAGAGAGAGAUGGGGAUUGCUGCACGGGCGGGGGAGGACGAGGACUCAGACACAGAGUUCGAGCCAACCGAGACUGCGGCCCGCAGACACAGGGCACAGGUGGUCGCGGCAGCCGCUGCAGCACAGGCGGCAUACCUCAGCGGGGCACGGGGCACAGGUGCCGGAGGGAGAGGAGGGCGCUGGGGAGGACCGCAUGGCCGCCCGUCCUCCGGGAGAGGCCGCGCGCGCUCUGGAGGGAGAUGACGACGUCCCUGAGUUUUUUUGUUUUUUUUCUUAGUUUUUUUUUGUUUUUUGCGUGGCUGUACAGCCUGGACGCUCUGUCGGCAGGGUUGUUGCACAUUUAUGUCGAUGUUGUUCCAUGGAGACGACGACAGUAUGUGGACAUUAGGGUUUUUUUUUUUUUUUUUUUUUUUGCUGCUCGGUUGUACAGUAGAGACGACGGGUCCAGUUUUUUGCUUCAGCCUUGUAAAUAGGGUCCAGUUCUUCUUGCUACUCGAUUGUACAGUAGAGACGACGGGUCCAGUUUUUUGCUUCAUCCUUGUACAUACGCAUUUCCAUUGAAAUGCUUUGUCAUAUAUUUGCUCUUGUUCGUGUUCCUCUACCAACAUUGGUCUUGCAUCUGAGUCGUUGUUGUUUGGUGAGUGGUUUGUGGUUUGUUGUCAUGAUUGUUGCAAAUUAUGUGCUUCUCCAAUGCCGCGCACCUGCAUGUCAUGGAUGCCUCCAUUAUGAAUGUGCUGUUAAUUUGAGAUGCGACAUAGGGAUGAUGUGCUAAUGAAUGUGUUCUUACAAA